ACUGUGAGGCAUGACUCCAGCUAAAGAAAAAAUGCAAAGAAAAAGAAAAUCAACAGUAGUUAAAUAAAUCAGGGCUGUUUGCUGUCCCAUUAGUACCUGCAUAUAUGCAGGUUAACUAGCUAACUCAAGUUUGUAUACUAACUUGUUAGCUAGUUAGCUAGUUAACCAGCGGUUUAGCUUGAACAUCAGCUAAAGAGAGAAUUGCACGUUAACUCCAACGCUAGCAGGCUAUUUUAGCAUAAAAUUAUUCCUCCAGCAGAGGUUCUUUAAGCUGGUACCGACAGCUCAAUACUUAAAAGACGCAGUGAUAAGAGGAGCAAAUAAAUCACAACAUGCUGCCUGACAAAGAUGGACCAGGCGUUGGAGGCGGACAGAGCUGUCCUGCGGGAGAAGACCCCUCUGUGACUCUGUUUAGAGACUACCUGCGUCUCAAAUCUGUCCACCCAGAGCCUGACUAUGAUGCUGCUCUUCGGUUCCUGGACAGAAUGGCGGAGGAGCUCGAGCUGCCCAUAAAAAAGAUUGAGGUUUGCCCAGGCAGAGUUGUGUCGAUCAUGACAUGGGAAGGGACGAACCCGGGCUUGAAAUCCAUCUUACUGAAUUCCCACACAGAUGUUGUACCUGUUUUUCAGGAACAUUGGAAAUACGAUGCUUUCAGUGCUUUCAAAGAUGCAGAGGGCAACAUUUAUGCCCGUGGAUCACAGGACAUGAAAUGUGUAACUAUACAGUACAUCCAGGCAGUCAGAAGGCUGAAGGCAGAGGGACAGAAACUGAUGCGCACUGUCCAUUUAAUGUUUGUCCCUGAUGAAGAAGUUGGAGGUCACAAGGGAAUGGAAACAUUUGUGAAGCAUCCAGAGUUCCAAAAAUUAAACAUUGGCUUUGCCCUUGAUGAAGGUCUGGCUAACCCUGGCGAGGCGUUCACUGUGUUUUAUGGAGAAAGGAACCCCUGGUGGAUCACAGUCCACUGCCCAGGUAGUCCAGGCCACGGGUCUAGGUUUGUGGAGAACACAGCUGCUGAGAAGCUGCGCCAAGUCAUAAACUCAUUCCUGGACUUCAGAGAGAAGGAGAAACACAGGCUGAAUACCAGUGAGUGUUUCACGCUGGGUGAUGUCACUACAGUGAAUAUGACCAUGGUCAAAGGCGGCGUGGCCUACAACGUCAUCCCGGCUGAAAUGGACGUCAGCUUUGACCUAAGAAUACCACCUACUGUAAAUCUACAGGAGUUUGAAAGACAGAUCAAACAGUGGUGCAAGGAAGCAGGAGAAGAUGUCACUUAUGAAUUUGCUCAGAAACAUAUGAACCAAAAUGUCACAUCGACAGAGGAGAGUGAUCCUUGGUGGAGCACCUUCAGUGCAGUCUGCAAGGCAAUGAAUAUGACUUUGGAAAAAGAGAUAUUUCCAGCUGCUACAGAUAGCCGUUUUAUCCGAGCGGUGGGAAUCCCUGCUAUCGGCUUUUCCCCAAUGAACCGAACGCCGAUCCUGCUGCACGAUCACAACGAGUAUCUGAAUGAGCAAGUCUUCCUGAAAGGCAUCAUCGUGUAUGAGAGGCUCAUCCCAGCCCUCGCCAGCGUUCCUGCCUUUUCUGAUGAGGCUUAGACACGCCCUCAUUUGUAAUCCUCUCUAAAACACAUUUCACUGAAGAUCUGAAUAUUUAACUUGAAAAAUUUGCAGAGAUUACCAAAGAAUAAUAAUAUCAUUAAGCCAAACUGAGCACUUAGCCUUUGGUGUUAUUGAUUUAUUUUCUUUCUUUUUUUUUUAAUUAUUCUCAGGAUAUAGGUGCAGUAAGCUUUGCAUUACUCAGUAUUGCAACAGUUUUUUAACAUGUCAUUGUUGACUGACUGUACCUGUGUGUAUGCAGUCUUAAAGAAAUAUCAUGUGUUGUGUAAACCAUGUUUUACAUUAGAAAGCAUCAACUGACUAAAAUGUGAAGAUGACUUUGAUUGAUAAACUCUUGUAUUAAGCAUCAGUUAAUUGCCACUUUUUAAAUUUAGCUUGAUUUUAAAAUUAUGAUUCCAGAGAUGGAAUUUUAUUUAAUAAACUAGAAUUUAAUAAAUAUAUUUGUUCAUUA